CCCAAGGGGGGUGGGGCUGGGACUGAAAGAACUCCUUUGGCAGGCAGAAUAGAGCUUUUAUUGAGGAUAUUUCUAAGCUAACCAUCAGGGACCAAAUAGCUGGAUUGUAAAAAAAAUUUUCGGAGCUGAUUCACUCUGCUCCUUUUUUUCAUUCUUUUCGCUUCUUCUUCUUUCAGCGGGAUCCAGCGUGGCUCGCAAACACCCAGGAGCAAGCAGAAUGCAAGGAAUCUGCCCCCCAGUCUCGGACUAUCAGCCCCAGUAACGGGGGCAAGCAAGCGCUCAAAAAAAAAAAAAAAAAAAAAAAAAAAAACCGGGAAGGAAAAGGAGAAAAGAGUGAGAAGAUUUAGGGAAAGCAGCUGUGAACGGAGGUGGAGGGUACGGUCCCCCUGCUGCCCCUGCUGUCCGGCCCCCUCCUCCCCCUGUCCCUGCUCCUCCCUGCACCCCGGGUCCUCUGAGGUCUCCCCUCCAUCCCCUGACAGGCUGCCGCGGAGAUGGCACCCGGAGCCCUGCUGCCCUUGCUGUGCGCGCUGCUCUCCCUGGACCUCCCGGCCGCGGUGGAGCCCGCCGUGCCCCUGGAGGACUUCUACCCUUUCGGCCAGGACGAGGGGGACUCCCAGACCGUCAGGCAGGACGACGGGGGCUCCGGGCUGGUGGAGAUCUCCGUGGCGUACCCCUUCUUCGGCGACCAGCACACGGGGCUCUACGUCAACAACAACGGCCUGGUGUCCUUCCUGAGGGAGGUGUCCCAGUUCACGCCCGUGGCCUUCCCCAUCGCCGGUGACCGGAGGGUGGUGGCGCCGUUCUGGGCGGACGUGGACAACCGGCGGGCGGGGCAGGUCUUCUACAGGGAAAGCAAGGACCCCGCCGUCCUCCGGAGAGCCACCGCUGACGUCCGCCAAUACUUCCCAGAGUUCCCGGCCUUCGCCGCCUCCUGGGCCCUCAUCGCCACCUGGCACAAAGUCACUUUUUUUGGAGGCAGCUCUUUCACACCGGUGAACACAUUCCAGGUGGUCCUCAUAACCGAUGGAGAGCUUUCUUUCACCGUCAUCCAGUACCAUGACAUCACCUGGACCACUGGAAUGCACGCCAGCAGCGGGGGGGACCUGGCCGGCCUGGGCGGGAUCGCAGCACAGGCAGGUUUCAACGCGGGCGACGGGACGCGCUACUUCAACAUCCCGGGGUCCCGCACCGACGACGUGGCGGACGUGGAGGACACGACCAACGUGGGCUACCCCGGCCGCUGGGUCUUCCGCAUCGACGACGCCCACGUGCAAGUGGGAGGCUGCAAUGUCUCAGCCUCUGUGUGCCCCAACCUGAGGCCCUGCAUGAACGGAGGCCGCUGCAUCGACGACUGCAUCACGGGCAACCCCUCCUUCACCUGCUCCUGCCUGGCCGGCUUCACGGGGCGAAGGUGUCAGACAGAUGUGAACGAGUGCGCUUCGUACCCGUGUCAAAAUGGCGGCUCCUGUACGGACCAGAUCAACAGCUUCUCCUGCCAGUGCCCGCCGGGGUACACGGGACCACUGUGUGAAACAGACAUUGACGAGUGCCAAGAGAGACCGUGCCUCAACGGUGCUCGGUGCGUCCAAGGCGUGGGUAAUUUCACCUGCUUGUGCAAACCUGGCUUCACUGGGACUCUGUGUGAGACAGACGUCGACGAGUGCGAGUCGCAGCCGUGCCUGAACGGGGGGGAGUGCGUCGACCGCGUGAACAACUACACCUGCGCCUGUUCCGCCAACUUCACUGGAGUGCGCUGCGAGACAGAAGUAGAGGUUCUGAGGAAUGCCUCAUCUACUGAGAAACCAACAGAGGAGUGUCCCUGCCAGAACGGGGGCGCGUGCGCGGACGCUAACGGCACCUGCGAAUGCCCGGCGGGCUACACCGGCCUCUACUGUCAGUUAGAGGUCACUCAGACGCCCUGCAGCAACAGCAGGCCCUGCCCUGACGGAGGACCCUGCCUGGAGUACGGGGGGACGUACCUGUGCACCUGCCAGACCGGCAUCAGCGACCUCGACCACAAGGACUUCUACCCCUACGAGCAGCCCCGAUCGGUCUGUGACUCCUCCCCCUGCCUGAACGGGGGUUACUGCUACGAGCGCGAUGGAGGCUACACCUGCGAGUGCAAGCACGGCUACCGGGGGAAGCACUGCGAGAAAGUCAGGUUAAGCAGCUGCGCCUCCGGCCCCUGUCGCAACGGAGGGUCCUGUAAGGAGGAAGGGGGCGGCUACCACUGCGUCUGCCCCUACCGGUUCACCGGCAAGCACUGCGAAGUGGGUAAGCCGGACCCCUGUGCCUCCAGCCCCUGCCUGAACGGGGGCACCUGUUUCCACUACAUUGGGAAGUACAAGUGCGAGUGCGCUGGUGCGUACAGCGGGAGACACUGUGAGAUCAGCAGGGGACCUACUGACGCCCGGCCAGGUGUGGACUGCGGCCCGCCGGCGCAGGUCAAGCACGCCGACGUGCGCUUCGCCUCCAGCGUGCCGGGCUCCAUGGCCGUGUACGCCUGUCACCCCGGCUACACCCCCCUGCCCCGGGCCACCCAGAGCAUCUGUGGGAGCCAGGGGUCCUGGAGCCAGCCGCCCGUGUGCGAGGAGCUCAACGAGUGCCUGUCCCAGCCUUGCCUGAACGGCGGGACGUGUCGCGACCGCGUGGCGGCCUACCUGUGCGAGUGCGAGGGCGGCUUCACCGGGUCCCGCUGCCAGACAGAUGUGGACGAGUGCCUGUCGGAACCCUGCAAAAACGGAGGGGCCUGCGUGGACCAGCCCGGCUCCUACUUCUGCCACUGCCAGCAAGGGUUUAUGGGCCAGGACUGCGAGAUAGAACAGGAUGGGUGCGAGUCGAACCCCUGUCUAAAUGGAGGAGUGUGUCGUGGCUACAGAGGAAGUCGUCGGUGCGUGUGCAAGGAGGGAUUCAUUGGUGACCGCUGCCAAAUCUUGGAAAAUCCGUGUAUAUCGCAGCCCUGUGGAAACCGUGGUUUCUGUAGUAACGACAGGAGGGGGAAUUACAGCUGCACCUGCAGAGUGGGCCACACAGGCAGGGACUGUGAGAAAGACCUGCUGCCCCCCUCCGGCCUGUACGUGCUGCGGGUGGAGGAGAGCGAGGUGGAGCUGCGCUGGGACCUGCCCGACGCCCCCCAGAGCCUCAUCAGCGGCUUCGCCGUCACCUACGCCCCGGUGGGCCACGGCGCCCGCAAGACCGACUUCCUGGGCAAGCUGCACUCCACCCACCUGCUGCGGGGCCUGGCGCCGGGCUACGUCUACAACAUCUCCACCUACGCCGUCAAGCGCAACUCCAACAGCAACGACGUCAGCCAGUCCGCCGUGGCGCUCAUCCGCACGCGGCCCAGGAAGGCGGAGCAGCUCCGGGCGGUCAACGUGACAUCCUCGCAGGUGUGGCUGCGCUGGCUGGUGCGGGCCGCCCACCACUCGGCCGUCAGCCAGGUGCGGGUGUCCCUCGCGCCCGCGGACGGCAGCGGCGCGCGCACCGCCCUGGUCAACAGCACCGUCGGCGAGUACAGCUUCAGUUCUCUGCUCCCCGGUCAGAUGUACACUGUAGAUGUGCUGACUCAGAGCGGGCUCAGACCAGAGGACCUACCGUCCACCAGCCACUCUGCUGGGCCACUCCGUGUCUGGACCAGGCCCCUCCCCCCACAGAACCUCUCCCUGGCCCACGUCACGCCCACCUCCGCUCAGGUGACCUGGGACCGCCACCCCAGGAGUGUCCCGGACGGCUUCGUCGUGAACGUGACGCGGGGCCUGAGCACCAAGAGCCGCUACCUGCCCAACGGGCAGACGGGCGCGUACACCCUGCGCGACCUCGUCCCCGGCCAGCACUACCGCCUGGCGCUGACCGCCGUCCUCAACGCCGAGCGGGAGCAGGUGGUCCACAGCGUCCCCCAGCACCUGGCCUUCACCACCCUGCCGCUGGAAGAUCGUCCGGAGGGGAAGGGGAGUCCCGCGCAGUCGGGACGCGAGCGGCAGGCGGGCCGGCCCCUGGCGCCCGUGCUGCAGCAGGACCUGGGCGUGGCUGCGGAGCAGGAGCAGUCCCGGGAGACGCCCAGAUAUACAGAGCUGAUUGAUGGCAGAGGGAGGAUAACAGCCAAGUUCAACAACCUAUCGGGGAAGUCCAUUAGAUACCGUGCCCAACCUCAGCCCCCAAUCAAAUUAGAGAGAAUGGAGGAGACAACCAAUAAAAUCAGUCUGGCACUGGAAAUCCCAGAGGACGUGAUGAGAAGACGGUCUGAGUCGCCCCGGGACUGCCGGAGCCUGCCCUGCCAGAACGGGGGGACGUGCGCCCGGGGAGGCGACGCCUUCGCCUGCGACUGCGCCGCCGGGUUCAAGGGCAGGCAGUGCGAGCUGUUCUGUCAGAAAGUGCCACACCCCUGCACACGCCUCUACUCUGAGACAAAGAGUGUGCCCGUGUGGGAGGACGGUGUCUGUCAUUACCUAUAUAAAAGGACCUACAAAGUCCAGCAGGAUGUUUGUUACAGAGAAAUCUGUGAGCCCAUCUUAUCUAAGAAAACAUCCAGCAGAACUCACCGGCAACAAUGAAAGAUUUGGUUGGAAGCUCCUCUCAGGAGGCAUUGUGAAGGAACUGGGUUGGACACAAGAAAUUCCCCAUAAGGACUGGCCCUGGUGGCUCCUACUUGGUGGAGUCUGCAGGGCUUGAACAAGCACCUCGAUUUGCUCCACCUUCUUUCCCCCAAAUGCCUGCUGGAUCAUUGGAAGCACAUGCCAAUCGAAGGAUUCAAAGCAAGAGACUGAUAUUCUGCGUGCAGCCGAAAAAGACCAUCGGACUUGCGACCCUCCUGUCCAGCAGCGAAACAUACCUCAGAUGCCCGAGCUGAUGCAUUGAACAAGUUUUGUAUGUAAUGGCAGUGUAGUCCCUCAGGGAAACGGUACACCACUGCCUAUCCUAUAACCAUCCCCACAUACAAAAAAAGAAAAACACUUCUGCUCCUUGUUUUACCAUCCGUUAGCAAGACCGUACGCUCACUGUCAUUUUUUUUUCUCAGCAAAAGCAGUUUUCCCAUUGUUAGAUGGGAAACGGUCGUCUCAGUCUCAGUGUUCAUUUCUAGAAGCUCCUCAGCUCCACUCCUGACUUCAUCUCUCUAAACCAAACUUCUGUGCUAGCUAUCAUGUAAAUAGUGUUUAUAGACUGUUUUUGUAGGUGAAUAUUUUAAUAAUAAAAAGGUAAAAUAUUGAAAUAUUG